ACGCGGCGGGGCUCGUGUUGUUCAAACUCACAGACGAACCAACGAUUCAAGAGGGCCCUUUAUGAUUAUUAUUAUCGGGUGCAAAGCUUUCCACUUUCGGACAGCGACCGCGCACAUUUGAUAUUAAAAGUGUUUUACGUGGUCUUUAUUUUGCGCGUAUAUAUCUAAAAAAAAAUCAUCAUCCUUAUUUUGAGUUUGCUGUCAACACUGGACCGUACAGUUAAAUAGCUGUGGUCCGCUCGCUUUGAACGGAGGAGCAGCGAAACGACGCGAAUUCUCUCCCUCUGUCGAAGCCCUCUCGUCGUGACCGGCAACAGCAGCAGCAGCCACGCGGUCGGCAUCUCGCUGACAUCGUCCGCAGGCACAGAGACGAUUUGAAGAAGUUGUCGCGUUCCAGAGUAUUCGCGGAGACGUCUCCUCGACUCUGAUGGACGGAGUGAGUGAGUGAGCGCCAGUCGGGGAGCAACGAGGAUCUGCCCCUAGCCACCGCUCCCUCCCUGCCUCCAUCCGUCCGUCCGUCCGUCCGUCCCGGAGGGCGGGGGAAAGGUCGCUCAGCUCAUGGCCGUCACGGGCAUGCAGGUGCUCGGGGCCUCGCUGGCCUUCGUGGGCCUCGUGGGGGUCAUCGUGUGCACGGCGUCCAACGAGUGGCGCAUCACGAGCCGUGCCAAGUCGCUCAUGACGGCCUCCUGGGUGUCGCACGGCCUCUGGAAGCAGUGCACGGCCAACGCGAUGGGCAGCAUGCAGUGCAAGCCCAACUUCACCAUGCUCGACCUGGACGUGUACAUCCGCGCGUGCCAGGGCCUCAUGGUCUCGUCGGUGGUGAUCGGCGGGCUGGCCGCCCUCUGCACCCUCUUCGGCAUGAAGUGCACACACGUGGGGCCCUUGACCGCCAAGUCCAAGGCGCACAUGUCUCUCUUCAGCGGCAUUUCCUACAUGUUCUCAGGGGCGGCUGCUGUCACGGCCGUGUCUUACUACGCGCACGCGGUUCACCAUCGACUUCUACGACCCAUAUCUCAUCGGAGCCAGGUACGAGUACGGCUCUGGUCUCUACGUCGGCUGGGCCGGCUCGUGCCUCGUGCUACUGGGCGGGGGCCUCCUCCUGUGCGCCGCCUGCAGGCAACAGCGCGAAUCAUCGGCGGCGCAGCCCUACCACGCGACACCCCGCGUCUUCCAGUCAUGCGGCGACGGGCGCGCGGCGGGGCUGCGCGUCGUGGAGGGGCCUCCUCCUCCUGCGCGCUCCGCCCGGGGCACGCGCCCCGCAGGGAGGAGCGCCGGCAUCUCCGGCGUGCCGGGCUCCGAUCGCUCGUCCAUGAGCAGCAGCAGCGGAGUUCGCGGACUCCACCACCCCAAGAGCGCGUACGUGUGAGCGAGCGCGCGUACGUGUGAGCGAGCGCGCGUACGUGUGAGCGAGCGCGCGUACGUGUGAGCGAGCGCGCGUACGUGUGAGCGAGCGCGCGUACGUGUGAGCGAGCGCGCGUACGUGUGAGCGAGCGCGCGUACGUGUGAGCGAGCGCGCGUACGUGUGAGCGAGCGCACGUAGAGAUCUGCCACCUCCGUCACCGCUCGACUUUCACCGCGGACCGACUCGCGACUCAGAUGCACGACGCAGAACAAUCACGAGCGGCGUUGUGGGGAACGCGAGCACGGGCAUGUUACGGUGAUGUGUAUAUAGUACAGCACGGCAUCGUGCGUGGUGUGUUGUUUUUUUAAUAUAUAUUCUAUUGCACAAGUACCAACCAUAACUCUCGAACUUCAGGGUUAUGGUCAGCAUGUAUUAAUGUUAUUGAUAUUCUUAACGUAGAAAAAUAUGUAAUUGAAUGAAUUGAAAGAUGCUUCGUUGACAUAGAAUUCCAUGAAGUUAUCUUGACAUCGACUUGAACGACGGCGAAAAUGUGCUUUGCUGUAAUCGAUCUCUGUUAGGGUGCACAGUUCGUCAGUAAGUAAACGUGGUUACUAUAUCAGUCAGCACACGUGAAAUGUAGCAGCCGUGAGCAUUCUCCCCUUACACGGCUGAUGCACUGCCACUGAGUGGGGGGGGGGGGCCUGGUGCCGGGCAGCUGUCGACGUGAGACCGACCAGCAUUGGCGUUGGGAGCGCGGCUGUCGCAGGCCUCACCCGCCCUUACUGGUCGCUUGCCAGUGGAGGGUUUUGCACGAAUCCUAUCGCAUUGCCCCACGCCCAAGAGCCGCACGAGGUUUUUUUUUUCCCCGCGAGGAAUCCUCGGGAGUGUGACAGAGUCCCCCCCCCCCCCACCGGACGAC